CGAGCCCAAUCCAUCAGCCGGGUCUGGGUCACCGCGCAGGCUUUUAUCAAACCUGACCACGUUGCACCAACCGACCGCGGGGUAAAGCAGCAGCAGAGCAGAGAGCUAAGCUCUGGUGUGCACCCAGGACCCAACCCGACCCAUCUAUUCCUUCUUAAAUCGCUCGCUCAGGUUGCUUUGUCCUCUCUCUGCACCUCCCACAGUGUCACACAACAUCACUCGCUGCUCACUUCACUUGGCUAGCUAGCUCAGCUCAGCAGUCAGCUCGCUUUCACCGGCUAGUCCGAGACUCCUAAUCCGUUUCCCAACACCGGCCUCAGAACCCGCUUGUCCUAUUCCCCGAGGCCGAGGCCACGCACAUGGCGCUGCCUCCCCUCGUCCUCCUCCGCGUCCUGCUCCUCUUCCUCCUUCUCCGCCCGCGGGCCGCCUGGGCGCAGGCGGCGACGCUGCACGAGCGCGACGCGUCGGCUCUCAGAGACAUCCGCGCGGGGCUGCGGGACCUGCCCGGCUCCCGGUUCUUCGACUCUUGGGACGACACGCGCAGCCCGUGCGCCUACGCCGGCGUCGUGUGCACGCUCGACGAGGACGACCCGGCGUCCGGCGAGCUCCGGGUGUCCGUGCUCACGCUCGGCACCGGCCUCGCCGACUCCCCCGGCCUGGCGGGGACGCUCCCGGCCUCGCUCGCCAGCCUCGUCGCGCUCACGGACCUCGUCCUCUACCCGGGCCGCGUUGCGGGGGCCAUCCCGGACGACAUUGGGUCGGGGCUCCGCCGCCUCCGGCUCCUCUCGCUCUCCGGCAACCAGUUCACCGGACCGGUGCCCGAGUCGCUCGCCGGGCUGCCGGAUCUGCACACGCUCGACCUCGGCAACAACCACCUCGAGGGUGCCAUCCCCACCGGCCUGCUCCUACCAUCUUCGCCGAGCCUCAAGGUUCUCAUCCUGGCCAACAAUGGCGGCCUCUCCGGGGAGAUUCCCGCCCAAUUCUCCAGCUCGCAGCUGUUCCACGUCGACCUCAGCCGGAACGCCAUCACCGGCAUUCUCCCGCCCCUGCCGGCGACCAUCCGGUACUUCUCCGUGGCUGCCAACGCAAUGCAGGGCAGCAUCGAUGGCGUCUUCGGCGACGUUUCCGCCCCCGCCGACCUAGCCUUCCUCGACUUAUCCAUGAACAACUUCUCGGGCUCCAUCCCACCGGAUGUGUUCGCACUCCCGAGCGCGUCCUCGCUGCUCCUGUCCCGGAAUAACUUCACGGGGCCGCUCACCGUGCCGGCUGAGCCCGCCGCGCCGGCGCCUUGGUCUGUCGUGGACGUGAGCCACAACGGCAUCUCGGGUGAGAUCCCGGAGGCGCUGGCGGCGGCGGGGAGCCUGUACGUGAACAACAACCGGAUGUCCGGCGAGGUUCCUCCGGAUGUGGCAAGCAGCGUGUUCGCCGGCCGCAUGACGACCUUCUACGCUCAGCACAACUUCCUGACUGGCUUCCCAGCACCGCCGCUGCCUCUGCCAGACUCCGCGGCGCUGUGCCUGUCGUACAACUGCAUGGAGCUGCCGUCGGCCUCCGCCGCCGAUGGUUGCCCCACCAUCGGCGGUCCCCUGGAGGCCAGGCCCGCCGACCAGUGCCGGAGCACCGAGGACGGCAGCAGCGGAGGGGACGGCUGAGCUGCCCGCCGACGCGACAUCCCGUGGAUGGGGACGGGCGGGGGUGGUUGGGGACGGGACGGGACGGGACACCAGGCUGGGGCUGGCUCACACGUUUUUCCUUUGUCCGUUUGUUUCAGCUGUGGUUUUCAUGUGAUUGGGUUUGAAUUCAUUUCGGCUUGUCGUCCCGCGGCAACGGUCACAGGGGGACGUGGCGCGUGUGCUCUAUUACUCACUAGAGUUUGUACGUUGUGUCUACAAAAAUACAAGGCCAUCUGCUCGCUCACGCUCUGACAAAUCGAGCUGUCACUACUGCCAACAAUUGCAUUGCAUAGGCCAAUUGUGUGGCACCUCCAUUCUUUGUCUAACUAGCGUGCUCUUUUGGGAUUAUCAUUUUAAUUGUUUUCGAUGUUACCUUGACCUGUUUAACAGUCUAAGAUUAAUGCACUGGUCCAUUAUUUCUGUC